UAUACAUCACCAUGACGAUUAUCUGCUGGGAAUGAACUGAGGCACAUCUGGAUGGAAGGGCAAAGCCACGGAGAUAAGUUUCCAAUGGGUGUGAAUGCCUCAGACUGGUUCUUCCCCACCCUGGCCCCAGAGGUGGACCCCUGCAGUAACUACACUGAAGCCUGGCUGUGGCUGUCCUCCCUGCAGCCGGCCUACCUGGGUCUUAUCAGCUUGGUAGGCUUGGUAGGGAAUGGCCUGGUUCUCAGUGUGUUCUGCCUGCAGAGGAAGCCCUGCACCGUGGCAGAUGUCUACCUGGGGAACCUGGCAGCUGCCGAUCUCAUCAUGAUGACCUGCCUUCCCUUCUGGGCCGUCACCAUCGCCCGGGGCUACCAGUGGGACUUUGGAGAGGUCCUCUGUAAGCUGGUCAAUGUGGCCAUCUCUAUGAACUACAUCUGCAGUGUUCUGUUCCUCAUGCUGGUCAGCAUGGACCGAUAUAUUGCCUUGGUGAAGCCCAUGAGCACCAGUCGUCUAAGGAGAGCCUCCUGGGCCAAGCGUAUCUGCCUUGGGGUCUGGACAAUGGGCUUCCUCUUCACUCUUCCCACACUGUUCUUCCGCACAAUGAUGUACGUAGAGGAUCCCGGGGUGGAUGCCUGCAUUUUAGCCUACCCCCACCCAGCAUGGAGGUUGCACCACAACAUCACCAGUAAUGUGUUGGGCUUCCUAAUCCCUGUCCUGGUGGUGGGGUACUGCACUCGUCACAUUGUUUCUGUGCUGAGCGACCGGGAAGUCCUCUGGCUCCCUGGGGUGAAGGCGGAGAGGAAGGCCACCUCAUUGGUUCUGGCCGUGCUCGCUGUCUUCCUCUUCUGCUGGACACCUCACCAGGUGAUGCGCUUCCUGGACACUCUGGAUUACUUCCAGGUCACACCCGGAUGCCUCUGGGGUCAUGUCCUGGACAUCGGCAUACAGUUGUCCACAUAUUUGGCGUACAGCAACAGCGCAGUGAAUCCUUUCCUGUUUGUCAUUGUCGGGAAGCAUUUCAGGAAACGUGCAAAAGAGGUGUUUGGAAAGACUUUAAACCCCUGGUCAAAAGACAUGUCCUACCUGACUGUGAGCUUCACCUCAAUACAUAGACUCAAUGAAAAGCACAGAAUAAGUAUUGACCAUUUGAAAAUAUCUGGGUUAAAACCAAUGAUAACAUGACCGGUGGCUGAAGUGACGCCUGCAGUUAUGAACUUUAUGGCUGAUCUCGUUGAUUCUUUGGCCAUUUGGAGACAGCACAACAAGCUGACUUUUGGAAAAAGCUGCUUGAUACGACAUCCAGCAGGAACAUAGGAGCAGUUACAUUAUUUCUUGUUUGUCUGAGUCUCUGAUGUUGUUUUGAUAGAAGUAAGAUUAUAUAAAAAAAUGUACAGGAAAAAUGAACCUGUUCUCACUGGAUUCAUUACCUUAGUAAUACUUUUACUAAUGGAUUUGCAGUCUCAAUUGCUAGUUUUAAAAUGUCUUCACUACAGCAUGAUGUUUGGUUUGCUAUCGUCCCAUUUUGAGUGAAAUAGAGCAUAGAGCAGGAUUGCAUUAAGAUUUCAGUUAAGAAACACUAAGAAGUAUGCUGUUCAUUUUUUUUAUAAUCUUAUCACUCACGGGUCGUUUUUUUUUCAGCUAAGUUAAGCAUCCCAAUUAACAUUGAACAGUUGACGACCCAUAUGGAUGAAGCUUGCUAACCAAGCUAGAGCUAGCUUUGGCAGCUAACUGUACGAAUCGCUACCUUGCUCUUACCCAGCUCCACUCUAUGGUCACUUUCUGGCCCAAAUAACCAAAUGGCGGUAUGGCGCUAACCAAAAUGCUAAACUUGAGUCUCCACAAAACUUAUGGUGGACGUCACCAUGAUGUCCACUUCUUUGAAACAGCCCAGUAUAAUAUGAUCAUCAUUAGCACACAUAUUUUUUGCUGGGGAAAUAAGGUUUUAGUGCAUCGGCCACAUUGGCCAUGCUGUCUGUUUCUGUCCUUCAUUUAUUCUUCAUUGUAAAUCACAGGUUAGACACUAACUACGUCUGAAUGCUGUUUGCUGAAAGCUGGAAAUGAAGUUGAUGAGAGCUGAGUUUUUUUAUUUUUCUGUCUUUUGAGUUGAUUGAGGUUUGGGAAAUUAUUUGAUGUUUUUUAUAUAAAAAAUUAGGAUAAGUGCAGCUUAGUGUACUAUUUGUGACCUAACAAAAUAUACAUUGAUGUGUUCCAGAUGGUUCUUAACGAGUUAUAAUAACCGGAGGCAACAUGCACCACUAAUGCCAAGGGACUUAUUAGCCAACAUAGUCCACUUGGAUUAGUGUCUGUGCCCUCCUUCUGUUUCUCUGGUUUUAUUGUCUUUGUCAUUAUAUCUUUGACAUGCUGAGAAUUAUUACCAUAUUUAACAUACUCAUAUUAAGUAUACCCUGUCAAAGAUGUACAAUGAUAUACAUGAGAUGCUAAAUAACUAGUGUGUGGAGUGCUGAUUAUGGAUCCCAAUGUUAUCUAUAAUCAGUAACAUUGUCUUCUUUAUCAAAUGUUUCUGCAGUUUCAGGUGCUUAAACCAACACAUCAUUUCACCACGGAAAGUAUAUCAUCUUACUUUUCCUCAGAGAUUUAACUCGUAAGCCUGGUCAACAAAACGUGCAAACCAAUUCAUUGACCUUACUUACAAAUGAUCUGUGCAUAUCCAAUGAGGAUUCCAAUGUACUAUUUGAAUAUGGAAAUGUUUAUGUUGCAGAAUGCAGAAACUCUGUUUUUUACAAACAUCUUAACUUGUUCUGUACCUCCUAGUUUACACUUAAGUU